AUGCCACCUUCCAUGAUUUUAUUUGAUCUGAAAACGUCGCCAAAGAAGAAUGUUUUGGAACAAAUACCAAGAGGCUGGAAAGUGGAAAACACGGAACGUGGCUGGAUGACAGGUGAAAGCUUUUACAGUUAUAUAAGUAAUGUAUUUUACAAAUGGCUACAAGAGAACAAUUACGUGUUUCCUAUCAUUUUAUAUGUAGACGGACAUAGCUCACAUAUGACGCUACCACUACUUAAGUUCUGCAAAGAGCAUCUUAUAGAACUAGUAGUGCUCUAUCCAAAUGCCACACACAUCAUACAACCAUUAGAUGUUGCUGUCUUCCAUCCACUGAAGGAUUCUUAUAGAAAAGUGUUACGUCAAUGGAGAAUCGACAAUAAUGUUGUUGAUGUUAAGAAACAUAUGUUUGCUCCAAUUUAA